CGUAAUCGCCUGUCAGUGGUCGCUUUACGGUAGAUCGUGGCGGUCAGAGAAGCAUGAUGAAAAGACUAACCCAACUAUAAUUUACAAAAAGCUGAUCAUUUCAAUAUCUAACUACCUACAGUAAGACAGUGUACAACACUAUUGAAAGGUAAACAUAUUGCUGCGUUUAAGAUACUAGGAAAUAUCGCCAACGUUAUUGCUUUUGGCUUGCAUCAUCACGUUUGGUCAGCUAGGCUAAUGUUAGCUAUUUAGCUAGUUAACCCAACCAGCAUCUCCAGUCGGAAGCGUUCGCCGGGUGAGUCUCCAGAUCGUCACCAUACAUGGACAAUAACGCCCCUGGGUCGGGAGGGAAAGGCGGCCUCGGGAGUCUCUUUGUAGGCAGCGAAUACUCCAACACAGAGCUCGCCGGAGUCCCAUUGACUGGAAUGAGCCCCCUGUCGCCUUAUCUUAAUGUUGACCCCCGCUACCUCGUACAGGACACAGAUGAGUUCAUCCUGCCAACAGGGGCCAGUAAAACUAGAGGGAGGUUUGAACUGGCCUUCUUCACCAUCGGGGGCAGCUGUAUCACAGGAGCUGCGUUUGGGACAGUGAAUGGUCUGAGGAUGGGGUUGAAGGAGACCAGAGAAAUGGGCUGGACUAAACCUCGUAACGUCCAGAUUCUCAACAUGGUGACCAGACAAGGUGCAUCCUGGGCCAACACUCUGGGCUCUGUUGCGUUAUUGUACAGUAUAUUUGGCGUGGCCAUAGAGAAGGCUAGAGGAGCAGAGGAUGACAUCAACACUAUGGCUGCUGGGACUCUCACAGGCAUGCUGUUCAAAUCCACAGGAGGGCUGAAGGGAGUGGCUCGUGGUGGUCUGGUGGGGUUGGCCAUGUCUGGUGCCUAUGCUCUCUACAGUAACUGGGACCAUAUCAGAGGCGGCUCCUCUUCUUCAAAUCUCUACUGAACACAUCCCUAUCUAUUGCGUUUCAUCCAAAAUUCCACCUUAUUCCCUACUUGGUGUACUACUUUUGGCCAGAGUCUCAGGGAAUAGGUUACCAAUACUCAAACACUCCCACAUAUCACCAGCCCCUCCCCUUGUUCACUUCCUGACUUGAGAGGGUUCUGGGGUAUUGGAGGCAUGACUGAGACAUCAUUAAACCAUGGACUAAAUGACCUCCAAGAAACACCCCUCUCUACACACAACUGCCCUUGCUGCCCCCUCCCCCAGCCCUGUCCUUCUGGGUUACCUCCCUUCUCACCCACACAGAUCUGAAAAGGCCUCACACUAUUUCCAAGGGGUUUAUGUGUUAUUGUAUUGGGAACUGUUUUUAGAAAUGUAUCUUUUGUUAUAUUAUUGCUACGUCUAGUAGCCUGGAAGAGGGAAAGAGUCAUGUAAAUAGUAUGUCCAUGUUAAGAGUAAAUGGAUACUGGGGCCCUGUUGUAAUCAUUUUUACAUGCCUCCUCCCUCCCUGAGAAGUAAUCACUGAUCUGACAUGACUGGAGUGAUGAAAACAAUUCAGUGGAAACCGGUUUACAGCUAUCCAGUCAUGUCUGGUCAGUGAUAACUUCAAGGAGGGGAAGGGUGGAUGUAUCUGAACAUGUCGGCUGGUGUUACUGACUGGUUAUUUUACGAGGUUGCCCACUUGUUAGCCCCCUCAGGUAAAGCCAAAUGGUUACUACAGGGAGCGAACGCAAGGUUGCUCAUCUAAGCAUGGUUCAUUGAACCACCUCUGCAACACUGGUCUAAGACCCAACCAGAGAGCUGCUGGAAGCCAUGAUUGUAGUCCUCUGCUUUCAUGUGACUGUGGGUUGUAGUCCUUCAGAUACAGAACAAGACUUCUCAUGAAGCUGAAGAGCAAAGAGACAUUCAUCCCAGCACACCCUACCAAGGCCUUACAAUCAAUACUGUUGUAAUGUAUUUAUUCAUAGUGGGUACUAUUUUCCUGUUAAGAGUUGGAGUCGAUGCUGGCCUUUCUAAAAGUUACUUCCAAACAAUACUGGAAGUGUCUGUAUUAUCUCUUUGUGUCCUUGCCUGUUAAGCCCACUGUAAGAACAAUACAACAAACAUUCAAAAUGAGAAUAUGUUGCCUUGGGUCUUUGUCAGUUGUGCUCAUGCUG